GAGUCGGCCUUAAAAACUUCCACAUAAAUCCGCACCCACCGCUUCAAUUAUCGCAUACUUCGAGGGUUAGCGAAUUUAGGAAUUAGGGUUUUCUCUUGAAAGAAAUCGAAGAUGAUCGAGGUGGUGUUGAACGAUCGGCUGGGGAAGAAGGUGCGCGUGAAGUGCAACGACGACGACACGAUCGGAGACCUGAAGAAGCUGGUGGCGGCUCAAACGGGUACCCGAGCCGACAAGAUCCGGAUCCAGAAGUGGUAUACGGUUUAUAAGGAUCAUAUUACCCUCAAAGAUUACGAGAUCCACGACGGCAUGGGCCUCGAACUUUACUAUAAUUAAAAUUUUAUAAUUAUUAGUACUAUUUAUCUAUGUAAUUUUGUAUGGUUUUUGUAUGAACAAGGUUUAAAUUUUAUGUGUGGAUGAUGGUGUUUACUUUUUUAAGCAAUCUUAAUGGAAUAAUAUAGUUAUGGAUUUGGGUUUCUUUUAUUUCA